AUGGAGUACAUUCCACAAGUUAAACAAGCCAACAUAUUAUGUUGUAUGUGUGGUGUUUUAAUACCAGCAAAUCCAAGUAAUAUGUGUGUUGAUUGUAUAAAGAGUCAAGUUGAUAUUACAGAAGGUAUACCAAAACAAUUAACAAUUCAAUGGUGUAGAGGUUGUGCACGUUAUCUUCAACCACCAAAUCAUUGGGCAAUUGCAGAAUUGGAAUCAAGAGAAUUACUUACAAUUUGUAUUAAAAGAAUUAAAGGUUUAAAUAAGGUUAAAUUAGUGGAUGCAGGUUGGGUUUGGACAGAACCACAUUCAAAGAGAUUAAAAGUUAAAUUAACAAUUCAAAAAGAAGUUUUCACAAGUGCAAUCCUUCAACAAAUUUUCAUUAUUGAAUUUAUUGUUCAAGGUCAACAAUGUGAUAAAUGUCAAAAAUUUGAAGCAAAAGAUACUUGGAAUUCAGUUGUACAACUUAGACAAAAAGUUGAUCAUAAAAGAACAUUUUUAUAUAUUGAACAAUUAAUUUUAAAACAUAAUGCACAUUCACAAACAUUAAAUAUUAAAGAGAAACCAGAUGGUUUAGAUUUCUUUUUUUCAAAUAGAAAUCAUGCAAUGAAGUUUGUAGAGUUUAUAUCGGCUAUUACACCAGUUAAAACCAAAAAAUCUGAACAAUUAAUUUCAUCUGAUGAACAAAACAAUGCAGCCAACUAUAAAUAUACAUUCUCUGUAGAGAUUGUACCAUUGUCAAAGGAUGAUAUAGUAUGUUUACCACCAAAGAUUGCCCAUCAACUAGGUAAUAUGGGUCCAUUGGUAGUUGUAACCAAAGUAUCCAAUUUAAUUCAUUUCAUUGAUCCAAAUACAUUGCACACUGGUGAGAUUUCAGCACUCACCUUUUGGAAUUCACCAUUCCGUGCACUUAGUUCCUACAAGCAGUUGGUGGAAUUCACCGUUUUGGAUGUUAAUCUCACCGGUGCAACUAGGGGUCGUUAUGCACUCUCUGACAUUCAGUUGAUGAGAUCCGCUGAUUUCGGUGCAAAUGAUAACAUCUAUGACAUUAGAAGUCAUUUGGGUAACAUUUUAAAUCCGGGUGAUUUGGCAUUGGGUUACGAUGUUGCCUCUUCCAAUUUCCCAGAUUCAGAUUUAGCCGGUAUGAAAAAGAAUCAACAAUUACCAGACUUUGUCUUGGUAAAGAAAACUUAUCCAAGUAAAAACGAUUUCAGAUUCAAAAGACAUUGGUACUUUAAAGAGAUUCCAAAAGAAGGUAUUGAAAAUCCAAAGAAAUUCGAAAUCGAUCAAAUGGAACGUGAUAGAGAAGAGUUUCUUCGUGAAAUUGAAGCUGAUCCUGAACUUCGUUCUAAAAUUAACAUUUACAAAGAAGCUGAUGCCGCUAAUAUCCUUCAACAAAGAAUUAAGAAAAUGCAAGAACAUGGUAUUGAUGAAGAUGCAAUUAAAGAAGAACUUGCUCUUGAUGGUCUUUUAGAUGAUAUGGUUAAUAAUUUAACAAUUAAUGAUGAAGAAUUUGAAGAUGAAGAAGAUCAAGAAGGUGAGGAUGAUGAUGAAGAAUAUGAUGAUGAAGAUGAAGAUGAUGAUAUGAUGGAAUAA